GGGAGCAAAUAUCGACCCAAAAACUGAGUUCAUAAAUCAUAGUUGAACUCUCCGAUUCCAACUCAGCCAUGUCCGUCCACUUCAAAUUCAGAAGCUCGCGCAAUUACGAUUCGGUCGACAUUGGAGGGCGGCCUUCGAUUUCAGUUCGUGAUCUGAAAUCCAGUAUCGUCCAGGACAAGAAACUCAAUCUUUGCCAAGAUUUCGAUCUCGUCUUCUCUGAUCCUAUCUCCGGCCAAGAGUACCUGAAUGAGGAUUUUCAAAUACCUUCUGGUUCGAGUGUCAUCAUAAAGAGAGUUCCUGCAGGAGCACAAUUUGGCUCAUGCAAAGUUUUUGGAACCUCAGAUGCCAAUAAGAGCAAAAUCUGUCAUUUACAGAAUGCCGAGACUGUCGACUUCGAUGACUUUGGGGCAGACAUAUGCCCUGUACCUGAGGGGAACUUAUCUUGCAAUAUUGAUAACAGAUUCUGUAUUGGUGACGAGGAGAACCAUUUCGAAUUAAAAAGUUGCUCCAAACAACCUGUCGAAGACUGUCAUAAAUUUGAAGGGAGUGACAUAAUCGAGGCCAUUCCACAAGGCCAGAUUUUGCCAGGAACAAAAUCAAAACCAGACAUUGAGCUGAAUACUAAAUUGUCUGCUUUUCCGGAAAUGCAAUCUGUUGAUUUUCCGUCGGAGCUUAAGUGCUCUCUUUGUGACACAUUCUUUAAGGAGGCUGUAUUGAUUCCCUGCUGCCAGAACAGUUUCUGCGAGAAAUGUAUUCUUCAUGUGCUGUUUGAGAAGUUAAGGUGUCCCAAAUGCUUUUCUACCAAAUGCAAAGCGGAGGAUUUGUUACCAAAUUUGUCACUGAGGCAAGCCACUGAGCAAUUCCUAAAGUCUCAUAUUGUUAUUAAUGAUCCAGCAAAAGCUUUGGAGAGAUAUGCUCCAGAUGAAGAAUCUGGAAUUCAAGUUCAUGCAGAGAGGGGGUUCAAUUGGCUUCAUGCAGAACUGAAAGAUGGCACUGCUUCUCGUGUCAAUAGUAAUCAUUUGCUCAAAGAUAAAAUCUCUAAAUUACCUGGUCACAAACUAACUGAGGGUAUGGAAGAUUUUGAAGAUUUCCAGGGGGAAAACCAGCCUAUUGAUGAGGAAGCUGAAUCCAAUGUCAAGAAGAAGCGGGCAUUGUGGGUUAACACUGCAGAUGUUGAGAAGAAUUAUGUGGAGAUGGCAAGACAGAAAAAGGGGGACCGUGCUUGCUACAUGUGUGGUUCACCUGGUCAUUUGAGGAGAAAUUGCCCGGCUGUUUCCAGUUCACAUCCUAUGCUUCAAAGUGGUAAUGCCGUGUUUCCGGGAGCAAUGCCUGCUUAUGUGUCACCAUACUGGAACAGGCCAUACUUCCCACCUAUAAGGGCAUUUGCAAACCCAUAUGACCCAUCACCGAUUAUGCCCCUCAAUUCAACAAUGUUUCCUGCAUAUAUGCCAUCUAUGUAUGGUGGCUUUGGGGGAUUUUCAAGGAUGGGAGGCACAGCAGCUGCAUUGAAAAAUAAUAUAGAUCAUCAACUAUAUCCUUCAGAGUUGGAUGGUCAAGAUUAUGUUAAAAGGCGUCGAUAUGAUGAGGCAGAAAAAGCAUAUGACAGAAAAUUUUAUCCUGAUAGGGAAAGGAGUGGAAGCUUCUCUGAAGACAGCUUUAACAAAAAUUCGCUUAUGGAAAAUUGGCAUUCACGGACCGUUGACAAAGUUGUUUAUUCAAAUGAUGAAAGGCUAGAUAGAAGUUCUCGAGUUGCUGGUGAAAAUCCAAAGCCCUAUCAUCACUUGGGGAGAUCAAGAUCAGAAGUUGAUGAUUUGCCCAGUAUAUCCAGCAGGCACUCUCGGGAGAGGCAUGAGCAUGGUCAUAGGAGCUCCAAAAAGCACGACAGAAGAGAGCACUGUGAAAGUGAUUCUAGUAACAAAAGGAGAUAUUCAGAAAGAAAAAUUGUUAAGCAUGUUUCUGAGAAGAAACACCACAUUCAUUCUGAAUCCAGUCCGGAACCGGAUCAUUCUACCAACCUGAGAAAGACGCGAAGGGAGAAACAUUCUGGGCAUAAAGCUAAACCGGCACACGAUGAAAUGAUUCAUUAUAGGUGGCAGAUGGCCAGCAGCAGGUCGGACGAAGACAAUCAAGGGAAGUAUCGAUAUCAUAAAAGGAAAAAGGAAUACUAGAACAAGCCUGAUGGUUCGAGAUAUAGUUGACUGGUCGGCUUUUGGACAGUAACUUCAUGGAAUUAGUUCUUUAAAAGUAUAUUUCUACUAACCAUGUUUCAAUUUGUAGCUUUUGCGGGGGAAGCAAGAAAUAGGAAAGUUUUGAUCAGAGGAGCCAUUGCGUAAGUUAAAUUUUAGGUUCAUUUGCUUUUCAGAAAGUAUGAAGAUGGUAAAGGUAUGCCCCUUAUCCAAGAAAGGGUAUAAAAGGUGAGUAUUUAGGGGAUGGUAAAAAGAUC